AUUACAUAAAAAACGUAAACCGAUGUGACACAAUAGAAGAUUUUAGAUUUGCAACUAUCUCUCGAUGUUUGUCAUAAGUUAAAUCACAAUUAAACGUUGAUGACAUUAUCUUGUGAACUUAACAAAUAGAAAUUAACAAUACUACAAAUUAUAAUUUAUUAUCAGUUAUAACUUCGUACUUUGUGUUCGAGUGUAGUUUAAAUAUGGGCGAAGAAUCUAAUGAAGUAAGAGAAGAUGGUAAUAAAGCUAUCGCAACCGAAAUUGACGAUGAAGUUAUUGAAAAACAGAAAUGGGGUAUCAACCCUAACCUGAUUAUGCUUAAGUUGACUCUUUUCGUCUUCUAUGGAGCUACAUCAUCUUUGGUGCCCUAUCUAACAAUCCAUAUGCAAAGCAUUGGGCUAAGCAUGGAGCAAAUAGCUUUGAUCUAUUUAUCUCUACCUUUUACCACAUUCUUGGCGCCACCUCUCACUGGUUAUCUAGUGGACAAAUUCGGACAGUACAAACCAGUGGUGAUUGUUUCGUUCAUCCUAACUGCAUUAUUGCACCACUCUCUUUUUUUGCUACCCACCCAAGAAAUCCCAGGUACAGUUCCAUCAGGUUAUAUUAUUAUACACCCGAAAAAAAUGCGGAUAGAUAUUUGGUGGAGCCCUUGCCCCAGUAGAGAGUGUCCCGAGCAGGACGAGGUGGAUUUGACGUUGGAUAAGUGCGUUGAUCACUGUCUACUAAAAAACAGAAAAACCUGGAAUAUAACUCAAACAAAUCCUGGAAUAGAAGACGACUUAUCAUUUCAUUUGGGGAAAAACAAAUCCAAUGCUUGGAACCUCACUUUGGCUAUGCACGACAAUUUGGGCGACCCAAUCGAACAAUUGGGCAUAGAAAUGGACCUGCCCGAUGAAGAUGAUGGUAUAACGGAUAUAAAAAAGCGAUUUCCUGAAAGAAUGCUGAAAAGGUAUGGAGUUGACGUUAAUGAACUGGAUGAGCAAGAUCUGCGUUGUGGAGGAACGGUGGGCGAUUUUAACGAAAGCACGCAAACAAAGUUGUUUUAUUACUCCAAGGAUUGCAUUCUGCAAAAGUGCGAAUUUCGAUCUGGAGGACCGGCCGUCUGCCCGCCAGGCUACAUAAAAAGCGACGAUAACACUUUUUGGAUAUAUUUUUGCCUUCGAUUUGUUGCAACCGUGGCCCUUACGGCUGGCGUAACCAUAAUGGACCCCAUAGCUUUAACUAUGAUCGAAAAAUUCGGGGGUGAUUUUGGAAAGGAACGAUUAUUCUCCAGUUUGGGAAUGGCGUUGUUUUCCCCUGUGACAGGGGCUUUAAUAGAUUGGAAUUCUAAAAGAUUGGGCCACACAGACUACGCCUCGGCCUUUUACACGUUCGAUGUGCUAUUGUUUGUAGCCGCCAUUGCCGUGUGUUUAAUGCCGUUGGGUUCCAAAUUACCAGCUGAUAAUAUAUUCAGCGAUCUCAUGAACAUUUUUAAAAUGCCGCAUCUGGUAGCUUUCAUAUUCUUUAUGUUUAUACUUGGGAAUUUAUGGGGUUUCAUCGAAAGCUACCUUUUCUUUUACCUGAGAGAGCUAGGGGCUCCAAAUAUACUCCUCGGAAUCACCGUCACUGUAGGCACUAUAAGCAGCUUACCGUUUUUGUAUGGAGCCGAGAAUAUAACGAAAAAAAUUGGGCAUGUUAAUAUUAUCAUAGUGGCAUUUUUCGCCCAUGCAGCUAGACUGGCGGGAUAUUCCGUUAUUGAGAGCGCUUGGUGGUGUUUCCCAUUUGAAGCUAUGGAAUCUCUGUCGGUUCAUCUUAUGUGGGUGGCUGCAGCCACGUACUGCGCCAUAUUGGCGCCAAAAAAUCUUCUAGCCACCCUUAUUGGUGUAAUUGGUAUGGCUCACUUUAGCAUCGGUAGAGGUACAGGUAGUUUCUUUGGAGGUAACAUCAUCGGUAAAUUUGGUAUAAGACAAAGCUUUCGCUUGAUGGCGUUUAUUUCGUGUUCAUCCGGUAUCGCUUACGCCUUGCUGUAUUAUUUCUGGUUGAAGAAAAUCGAAGAGAGGGCUGUGAGAGAUGACGCCAACGUCGUGGAGAACGGCGAGAUUGACAAACUGAAAGACGAUGAACCCAAAACAAGAGAUGUUGGAACUAUGUGCAGCUUCGAGAAGCUGGACAGUCGUCUUAGCUUGGUGGUGGAGUACAACCAAAUAGGUUCAUUGACAUCUUUAGGAAGAGUUAGAGCUGAUGGUGGAUUGCUUAGAAGAAGAAGCAUUAGUAUGAGGAGGGAGAGCGAUUUUGGGCCCAUUAUAAAGAAGAAUAGUAAAACUGAUUUGUUGAAGUCGGCUAUUGAGGUUAACCAGUCGAGGAAUUCUAUAAAGGCUUCCAAUAAUCAUAUUAAUUUGCUAAAUGGGGGAAGUAGCGCUAGUGAUAAAUUAAAUGCAGCUUCAAGUACUCCAAAAUUGUCCCAAAGAAGUGCGAGUAUUCUUCAGGAAAAGGAGUCGAAUGUAUUGAAUGAGAAGGAUGAAAUUGUUUACGAUGAGAUUAAACAUAAAAAAGCUGAAACAGAAGAUAGUGAAGAAUCCUAGUAUUUACUUACCUUAUAACUAUAUCUCUUGUGUAGCAUAAGACUUUUAUGUAACUGUGUAUAUUUUUAUUAAAAAGUUUACUCA